CAGUCAGGUCCGCAAUCUAAAAUCUGGCCCUGUACACGCCUGCGUGGCGAGAGAGAAGAAAAUUACCAACAACAGUAUAUUUAAUCCGAUCACACACGAAAUGGCGUCAGCAGCAGACUACAGCGCCUAUGGCCAGGCGGGAGGCCAACUGGGGUGUGGCGCGUAUGCAGCCCAGCCCCCUCAGGCCGGCUAUGGACAAAACACACAGCCAAGUUAUAGCCAACCGCAGGUAUAUGGGUCAUACAGCCAGCCGGCUGAGUCAACCUAUCCCCAAGGCAGUAGCUCCUCAAGUGGCUACUCUCAACAGGAUUAUGGAUCCUCAUACAGUCAGCAACCACCAGCUGCAGCUGGGUACGCUGCCGCUCCUGUUGCCCCUCAGGUUUACAGCCAACCAGCUCAGGGGUACGAUGCCUCCCCUGCUCCUGCCACCACCACCAGCAGCAGCCAGGGUGGAUAUGGUGCCCAGCCUGCAUACCAGGGAUAUGGGCAGCAGCCGGCCGCUGGAGCACCACCAAGCACCAGCAGCCAGCCACCCUCCAGCUAUGAGCAGAACUCCUACUCAACGGUGCCCCAGCAGGGCUCCUACUCCCAGCCUCCUCAGGUUGGUGGAUACCAGAGCCAACAGAGUGGCUACAGCCAACAGGGGAGCGGAUACCAGGUGCAACAGGCUCAUCCUCCCCAGCAGCAGGUCCCACCUUCCAGCUAUGCUCCCCCAUCAGGAGGGUCCUACGGUCAGCCACCUUCCAGCCAGUAUGGACAACCAGGUGGACCAGGAGGCACCUAUGGUCAGCAGGGUGAAUACAAAACACCUAGCCAGUACAGCAACUACAGGCAGGAUAAUUCCAACGGAGGGGGCUAUUCGGGGCCAGAGUCGCGUGGAUAUGGGGGCCGCAGUGAGGGCCGAGGCAUGGGUGGGUGGGAGAGCCGCGGCCGCGGGGGGUUUGACCGUGGCGGGAUGAUGCGUGGUGGUGGCAGCAUGCGCGGUGGAAUGAGCAGAGGAGGAAUGGGCUUCGCUGGAGACAGAGGUGGCUUCAGUAAGCCUGGUGGACCAGACUCCGACAUGGGACGCCCAGAGGUGCAGGAUGACUCUGAGAACAGCACAAUUUACAUCACUGGCCUGACAGAGAAUGCCACGCUGACCGACGUUGCUGACUUUUUCAAGCACAGUGGAAUAAUCAGGAUCAACAAGCGCACAGGUUUGCCUGCUAUCAACAUCUACACAGACAAAGAUUCAGGGAAACCACAGGGCGAUUGUACUCUGUCCUAUGAUGAGCCCCCAUGCGCCAAAGCUGCAGUGGAGUGGUUUGAUGGCAAAGACUUUCAGGGGAAGAAGCUAAAGGUGUCGAUGGCUCGCCGUAAGCCCAUUAUGGGGAUGAUGCGAGGAGGCAUGCCCAUGAGGGGUGACAAGGGAGGCAUGAUGAACCGUGGAGGGCCAGGAAUGAUAGGCCGUGGUGGUGGUCCAAUGGGUCGAGGUGGGGAGCGCGGAGGCUUUAUCCCCAGGGGUGGUCCCCGUGGCAUGGGCAGAGGUGGGCCCUCAGGGGGCAACAUGCACCAGAGAGCAGGAGACUGGGAGUGCCCUAAUGCGGGCUGUGGUAAUCAGAACUUUGCCUGGAGAAUGGAGUGUAACCAGUGCAAAUCACCCAAACCAGAAGGCUUUGGACCACCUCCUUUCUCCCCUCCAGGUGGUGACCGUGGUAGGGGUGGCCCAGGCAUGCGCGGGCGCGGAGGGAUGGACCGUGGUGGCCCUGGAGGCUUCCGUGGAGACAGGGGUGGUGAUCGUGGAGGCGGAUUCCGAGGACGUGGUGGCAUGGAAAGAGGAGGCUUCGGAGGUAGGGGCCGUGGUGGCCCUCCCAUGGAUGACAUGGGCGGCCGAGGCAGGAGGGGUAUGGGACCCCCCGGCAAGAUGAUAGAAAUGAAGGGAGACCAUCGCCAGGACCACAGAGAUCGUCCCUACUGAAGGAUGCAACGCUUGCAUAAAUUUUUCAAGAACCUUUUAAACUUGUAACUCCAUAUUUAUAAAUGGUUAAUUUGUGAUGGCUCGGUAGUUAAACAUCAGUGACCUUUUUUAUUUUAUACCAGUAGUAUUCUUUUUUGUUUUUUGGGUCUGGUUGAACAUUUGUGAACCGGUGGCAAAUGCAUGCAGUCUCGUGUACAGAUACAUUAUGGGAGAUUUGUUUUUCUGUAACCUUGUGAUAAGCAAAUGUUUUUUAACCUAUUAUGCCCUCCAUUCUCUGACAAUGUUGAAUAAAAAAAAAAGUAAAAUGUA